AUGGAAGACGUCGGCGUCGAGACUACUGGCCUCCGCCGCCGGGUGGGCCCCGGUGAGACCUCGGAGCCGCGCCCUUCGCCCGCGACGGCCGACGCGCCGUCGCCUCCCGCGUCUCCGGCGUCCGUAGCCUCCGAACUGCCGUCGUUCUGGAAGUCACCGCUGCAAUAUCUUUUCGGACCCAACCCGCCGCCCGAGCUUCUCGCCCAGGUCCUUCUGGACGACAUGAAGAAGGAGUAUGGCGCUCUAUGCCCAGCAUUCGAGCCCAUCUCGUUCCGUGACGCGGCCAACCUUGCCAAGAACACGGGCAAGUUCCUCUUUGUGUACCUGCACUCGGAGGUCCACGACGACACGCCUCGCUUCUGCAAAUCGGCGCUCUGCACGGACGAGAUGGUCGCGUUCUGCCUCGAGCACGACAACAUGGUCCUCUGGGCCGGCUCGGUGCUGCAGUCGGAAGGCUACAGCGUCUCGCUCACGCUGGGCGCGGCCUCGUUCCCGUUCAUGUCUCUUCUUAUCUCGACGCCGCGCGGUCUCAAUGUCGUCGAAAAGAUCCAAGGCGCCGUGACCAAGGAGCAGCUAACCGCGCGCCUCGCCAACGCGAUCUUGCGCAACCAGCACCAUAUCACGGCCUCGCGCGCCCAAGAGCAGUUCCGGACCGAGGCGCAGAUCCUUCGUGAAGAGCAGGACCGCGAGUAUCAAGCGUCGCUCGAAGCGGACCGGCUCAAGGCGGAAGAAGACGACCGACGACGAGCAGACGAGGCGCGGCAAGCCGCUGAAGAAGCCGCGCGUCUCGAAGCGGAGCGCGCGGCCGAAGAAGCGCAGCGUCUCCAAAAAGAGCGCGAGCAUCACGCGCGCGCCGCCACGAUGGAGGCGAAGCGGGCUGCCCUUGCCCACGGGCCCACGGCCCGCGGCAAGGACACGUGCUUGAUUCGGUUCCAACUGCACAACGGGACGCGCCUCGAGCGUCUCUUCUUCGCGGCCGAUACCUUCCAGGUCGUGCGGGACUUUGUCGACGUCAGUCUCUUUGAGAAGGAGUUGCCGAUCGUCAACUAUGAGCUCGCGACCAACUUUCCGCGAAAAGCGUGGGGACCCGACGACGUCUCGAGCACGCUCCUCGACGCGGGACUCGCACCCCAAGCUUUGCUCUACGUCCAAGACUUGGACUCGUAG